UACCGCGCCACCGUGACUCGCCUCCCUUCGGCACCAGCACGCUACGUCAUGCGUCGCGGCAACAAGUAUAUAUAGCGAGGCGGCGGCGAGGCUCGGCAGUCGCUUCUUCGCCGAAGAGCAAACACCACCACUGCUAAGAUGAGACCCAUCCACGCACUCCUGGCCCUAGCCCUUGUCGUGGCCUGCGUCAGCGCCGGCGGUAUUGGCGGCGGCGGCGGCUUGUACGGUGGAAGAGGAGGCUUCGGUGGCGGCGGCGGUGGCGGCGGCGGCUUCCACGGUGGAAGAGGAGGCUUCGGCGGCGGCGGCGGCGGUGGCUUCGGUGGCGGCUUCCACGGUGGAAGAGGAGGCUUCGGAGGCGGCGGACGUGGCGGCAGCUUCGGCGGUGGCAGCUACGGUGGCGGCAGGUUCGGUGGCGGCAACUUUGGCAGCUUCGGCGGCAGCCAUGGAGGCAGCUUCGGAGGCGGUGGCUUCAGUAGCGGAUACGGCAAGUAAGACAUCUCUUUUACCUCUUCGCCACAACGCCUGAACGAAAGAGAUCCAGCCCAGGCGUGCAUCUGAGAGCGCGUGCGUGCACAUGUGUGCGUGCACGUUUUCCAAAAAGAAGAAACAUAUUUUGAACCAUCUCAUCUUCACCUUCAUUUUCUCCCCGUCCAUCCUUUUCGAUCCCCGGCGAAGAAAUCAAUAAAUAAUAUACAAACUUA